AUGUUUGUGGACAUCCAAGGCCUAAGAUGUGUAGCAGUCGUUGCCGUCGUUUUAUUCCACAUGUGGCCAAAGAACUUCGCAUCCGGCUUUCUGGGAGUUGAUGUGUAAGUUGAGUCCUCACUGGUCUCCUUCCACCGCGUUAUAAACAAAAUGAGGGCCACAGGACAACCUUUUUAGCCCCUUUAGCCUUCGUAUUUUAGAUUCUUUGUGAUCUCCGGCUUCCUUAUGCAUCACAUCCUCAGCUCCAAGGCACUAACGACACACACUGCUCUGCAAUUUUAUCACCGAAGGAUCUCCAGAAUUGUCCCGGCCUAUCUAUUUACAAUAUUAAUGACUGCUCUUGCCACACUCUUCGUGUACACUCCAACGGAGUUCAAAAAGAUUCUAACCGAGUUGUUGGCGGCCUCUACCUUCUCCUCCAACAUUUUUGGCCUCACAAAAGUGGACUAUUUCAAUACCAAUGCGCAGUAUCGGCCCUUCCUACAUACGUGGUCGCUUUCCGCGGAGCUGCAGUUUUAUAUCCUAGUUCCACUUCUAUUCGCGGCGUAUCAGUUGAUCAAAAGGGCUAACAGGAACGCGGGAGUUUUGUUUUUGUGUCUUAUUAUGGUGGCCAGUUUUGUGUUCCAGUCAAUUCUCGCAAGCGGUAAGUGUUUGUUAUUCCACAGUGGGAGAGAUAUUAGUAUUUUUUUUGAAUGUCCAAAAAAUAUCCCUAUGGAAAUGUUGAUAACAAGCACAGUGGAACUUUCUGUACAACAAAUCUCAAGGGCCAAAAAAUUUGAUAAUUAUAGGCAGUCUUAGUUGUAGAGAGGCUCAUUUGGCGUCAUUCUGCGGAAACUUUUAUCAGUCUGUCGGGAAAAUGAUGUGGAUUUAUCACAUCAAAAUCUCUCUUCGCAGUCGUGUACCAAAUCUCUAGCGGAAUGCCAUCGCAAGGCGCUUCCGAGACGUUACUUUAAUCCACAUUAUUUUCCCGACAAACUGAUGUGUGGAAAAUAUAACGACAAUACUUCUUGAAAUCGCGCUUUUAGACCCCAACCUUAUCCACAUGCACGUCCUCUCUCGGAUCUGGCAAUUUCUCAUUGGGUUUGUAGUGAACAUUGCCCGACCUAUGACCCCAGAUUCCAUCAAACAUUUGCACACUGAUCUGAAACCAACCCCCACAAGGGGAAGCAAGUAUUGUCUCAAUCGCAAAAAUCUCCUGGCCUUGUUCCUGGCCAUGCAGUUGUUAACAAAAAUGACGUCAUUAUUAUGGCUGGACCGUCUUAUUUGCACACUCACUACAGGCCUUUUUAUCUUCUUGAAAGGGAGCUGCAUUUUUGAAUGCUCUCCAAUGGUAUUCAUCGGCGACAUUUCCUACUCAAUAUAUUUGCUGCAUUGGCCAAUGAUUACGAUUUAUAAGUUGGUUUAUGUGAAGUUGGCCGAAACUCCGACAGUUUCAGGUAAUUCAACGAUUUAUUCCGUUCUGUGGGGUUUCCCUCCGCGAUUCUUUAAUCAUACGCGUUAGCUUUCAGAUGGCUUCAUGCUCAUUCAAGUAUGCAUAUUUCUCAGCGUGUUCUUCGAGGAUUUCUUCAAAAAGCUUGCAUCGCAUUGCUCGUCGUUUCGUCGCUUGGCGACUGCCUGCUUGGCCCUAUAUUUGGGUCUUGCAAUCGCAUCAAUACUUCUGAUUCGCUCUGCACAAACCAUUCCAAAGAUCAGGGUGGAAAACUCUAAUGCCGAGAAGAUCCUCUUGUCAGCGCUGGAAGUCUUUGAAACCCGUCAUAACGUCAACUUGACACGGCAACAAAUCUUCGAAUUCAAUCAGAAAAUUCAUGACUUCUCAUUGCUGUUCUACAACAAGAACCACUUGUUUAAUCGGACGUCAACAAAGCCGUCCAAAAUCUACCAUCAAAUUGAGGUAAGUGCCGUUCCAGGAUUUGCGGUUAGUCGACGUUUGCGGCAGAAAUGAGGACGCGUCCUGAAGACGAAGCUUGUUAGCCAAGACUGGGCAUAGACCUAACAAUAAGCAACCUAACAAGGGAAUAUUCUGAAACUCCUCAGGUGUUUGGGAAAAAUGACUAGUACAGGUGUAUAAAGCAGGUCAAGUUUGGUAUAAAGAGCCAUUUUCCAGCUGCGGAAUAAGCCCGGCCAACGAGAAAAAUUGACCGAAGGUUCCACAAAAAUUUCCUCUUUCUCUUCCCUCGGAAAAGAUGAGCGGUGUCCAGUGGUUCGGUUGGCCGAGUGGAUAAAGCGUCCGCUCGGUACGGGAAAACAGGAAGGCAAGCCUAAAAAAAUAAAAGCAAAACCACGCCAACUUCAGCAAGCACCAUCAAGCUUAAACAAGCCUGCAGAAAGCCCAAUCAAGUCUAAGCAAGAAUAAAAGUGUCCAAGUAAACGUUAAGCAAGCCUAGGGGACCCCAGUAAGUCCAAAGAAGCCUAAACAAGCAUCGCCCAUUCAACCGUAAGCAAGAUUAAGGAACCCCAGCAAUCCCAAACAAGCCUAACAAUUGUGAGAAAGCCAAACCAAUGUAGCCGACCUUAAACUCGCUGCCCGCAGGUAUUGACCAGGAAAGCUCCAGACAGCCCGCUUUUAGCCGCGUUUAAAGCCUAUUAGUAGGAAAAACAACACAAAAUUGUGCCAUAAAUUUCCAAAUUCGCUUUUCCAGGGGUCAGGAAAUUUGGAGAUUGUUCUGAUUGGAAACAGUUUGGCCGGCGACCUCUACUUUGGUAUGUGGGCCAAGAUGAGGAACCGUUUCAAACGGCUUACCCUGUAUUUCUCGGCUGGGAUACUGCCCUUUAGGGCUGAUGAAGAGGGCGAUCAUUCCGCCGACUUUCUCGACUUUCUUUCCAAUUUUGACCGACCAAUCGACUUGCUGAUUGUGAGAAACGCGUAGGUUUAUUAUUCUUAGCUUAUCUACUAUAUGCAUACAGUAAACCCAAAUGAUCUCUUAUACAGACAACCUUGUUUUUCAGCCACAACCGGGUCCGAUAUGAGCAAAGUUACGUCCAAAAUAAAAUGACCAAGGACAUGAAUUUAUUCUACAGUAAUCUGAACACGCUUGGACCCAAGAACAUUGUCCUUGGCAUGGCUGAAUAUGAAAGCUUCUUUCAUUAUCAGCAAUUUCAGCAGACCUACCUGAAGAACGGCGACUUCAGUGACCUCAAUUACUCGUUGAAGGUGGACACUUUAAACUUAAGCCAAAAAACGCGAUAAUGAAACUAAAACGGGUUUAUUUCAGAAAGCAGAAAAGGACAACAUUGCACUGGACAGAGCGAUAACUGCUAUAAAUUGCACCAACUGCCACUUCGUCGACUUCUUCUCUCGACUUUGCAAUCCAUUGAAAGACAUUUGCGCGGUCGUCGAGGAAUCGGGGAUAAUCAAUUACAAAGACACGCGGCAUUCAUCGUUAUUUGGAUCGUUCUAUUUUGCCGAGCAAUUACAACAUGAAUUACAGAGAAUGAACUUAAUAAAAUAAAGAUUUUGCAAUUGUGUCACCGCGGUUUGCUCAACGAUUUAGUGCCAACGUUUUUUUGCGGCUUGCAUUGUGCGAAAAGCAAAAAAUCCACUGUGCGUUGGCGACAAGCGUGGAAAAAAUCCGCUCGAAACGGGCAAAAAACUAGCCAAAAAAUCUUUCUCUCCGGCCGCACUUCGCGUUUCGUGUACUCUCUCGACAGCAAGGAUCGUUCAACAAAGCGCGCUAUGUCAGAUUCCACGGAACCUGGAGUUAUCCACGAUCGCGAUGUGUCUACUCGAUGGAAUUUAUGGAGAGAGAGAGAGAGAGAGAUGUCCCCAGUGUCAACUGUUUCCCCAGUUGUUUUUCCCCGAUGAUCGAGAAUGUUCGAUGGAGAGAUCCCGAAGCGGAGAGCAUGAAUCACGACACCGUAACCUUCUCUGAAGUUUUAUCCCAUACUUUGAUCAGUGUUGUUGUUGUAGUUGUCGAGUAG